UUCCCCUAUAAAAACACACGAGGCCCUACACCACUGACUAACACCUGGAAUUAGCCGACUGACACAUUAAGCUCCAAGAAGUCAUUCAAACCUGAGAUAAAAUUUCUAAAGAUAAUAUUUAAAGUUGUUUGGGCUUUAUUGCUGACCCCUGGACUUUGCUCAGUGAUAAGAAAUUCCCAGUUCCUUAUUUUUGUAGCCCAGCACAUUCAUUACAGUUUGUUGAAUGCCUUGCAAAUAUUACUUGGUCUUAAAAAAAAAUAGAAUUGCAAUAUGGUUGGAGUUAAUAACGGUUCUAGUUUAUUUGUGCAAACACUCAUGUAUAUGAUGAAUCAGAGCAUAAUUCAGCAGGAGACUUCUUAUAAUUACUACUACAUGCAAAUCGGACAAGAAUCCAAUGCCUCUAAAUGUUACGGUAUAUAUGGAUGUUUCCAUCUUGGUCCGCCAUGGACUUCGGAGAGUAGACCAGUAUCACUGUUUCCCGACGAUCUACAGAAGAUAGAACCAAGAUACCCACUGUACACAAGAGAUCACCAAGUUGUGCCAAUCUUUAUAGAUCUGAACGAGUUCGAUUAUAUUAAUUCAGCAGGCAUCGCAGCCCAUAAGCCGAUCUAUUUGGUGUCUCACGGGUAUACAGAAGGUGGCGGUAUUUCUUGGAUUUACAACAUUGUGCGAGCUCUUCUACGCAUAGAAGACUGCAAUGUGAUAAUAGUCGAUUGGCAAGGAGGUGCUAGUCCACCCUACACACAAGCAGUGGCCAAUAUUAGGUUGGUCGGUGCCAUGACUGCACAUCUGCUGAACGAUAUAGCAAGGUACACAGGACCGCUUAAGCUCGAUCAUGUCCACGCUAUUGGACACUCGCUAGGUGCUCACAUGUGUGGAUAUAUUGGGUACACUCUUCAAAAGGAAUUCAAUAUGACUCUGGGCCGAAUAACUGGUCUAGAUCCCGCCGAGCCUCACUUUUCCAAAGCUAAGCCACCUGUGAGGCUAGAUCGUAGUGCAGCUCAGUACGUCGAUAUUAUCCAUACGGACGCUAGUCAGUUUAUUCGAGGAGGUCUGGGUAUGACGGAAAGUAUAGGGCAUGUGGAUUACUAUCCGAAUGGUGGGACCGACCAACCUGGAUGUGGAAAAAGUGUGCUACAGUAUAUAAAGGAUGCUAACGGAAGUUUGUUUAACGGUGUGAAAAAAUAUUUGGGAUGCAAUCAUGUGCGAAGCCAUGAAUAUUUUCUGGAAAGUAUUGUCCCGAAUCCAAAGUGCAAAUUUUUGACGAUAUCUUGCCCUUCUUAUCAGGAUUUCGUGAGCGGUAAAUGUUUCGAUUGUGGGAAGUACAGAGAAAAAUGCAUUCCCUUCGGAUACCACGGCAGGAAGCACUACGAGAAAUUACUAGGUCUCAGAUGGCGGCAUACCAGCAGGGUACAAUUCCUGUUAACCGCCUCGGACAAGCCAUAUUGCAGGGGGCACUACAGGCUGAUCGUUCAAAUUUCUAACAACACAGACAGCGUGGACCACGGUGGAGAAAUAGGGCAGCUGUUAUUCACGAUGCACAGCACCAGCGACGGGAGAGGCCAAAAAUCCAGGCCCGCCGGGUUCAUCAGCGGGUACCACAAACCGGGAGCCUUGCACGUGGGUGUCGUUGCCACUGACGAGGUUCCGCAUUUGAAGGCGGUUGAAGUGGAGUGGAAGUAUAACAGCAGCUUGUUUAACCCGUUAACCUGGAGGAUAUUGACCACACCAAAAAUUUUCAUCAACAAAGUAACGGUGGAAGCGUUGGAGAUAAAUGAAAGGAUAACGGUUUGUCCGAAGGAACAAGAACCUCUAGUUAACGGUAUACCACAACUUUGGAUAUCUUCAUAUUGUUAGCCAUCACUACCACUUGUAUUUUCAUCAUCAGUUCAUUGAUUCAUCAUCAUCCCUUAUUUAUAUUUUAUGUACUAGCAAUGCAAAAUAAAUAUAUUUUUUGAUAAACA